AUGGACACAGAAACGAAGCCAACCAAGUCGCAGGCGGACAUUCUGCGAGAGAAGUACAGACAAGAAGACAGAGAAGCGUGGCAGGCUUACUGGACUGUGAUGGACCUCGAGACGAGAGGUCGACCGUUCUACAGAAUGAAGUACAUAGUAUGGCGUUGUUUUGACGUUCCUGCAACAUGGUUCAGAGAGAAAAUCGUGGAGCCUCUUCACGAUAAGUACCGGAAACCGUUCUAUCACUACCGUUUCCGUAGAGCGCCGAGCAUAGACGAGUGUAGCGUCAACGACAAGGUGUGUUACCACGAAGCGCAAUGGCAGUUUCGGCUGGACAAGUUAGUCGAUGCGUACAUCCUGGACAUUUUGCGUUUUCGACUACAAAAUUGCCGGGACUUCAACAAAAGCGACUUCACGAAAUGCGUCAAAUGCCUGGAUGACUUUGAAGAGGCGGACCUCAAUUAUUAUAUAAAGUACGGCGAAAUGGGCUAUCAGGGCGACGCACUGAUGGCGUACAUGAAGCAAAAGCACCGCAUGGUGUGGGAACGGCGUCAUCCGGAGAUCAUGAAGGCACGCGAGGAAGAGUAUCAAGAGCACAAGCGAGAGUUGGCUGAGGGAAAAUACGAUCACUCGUUCUGGAGACCGAGUCAGCUAUGGCAUUUCAAAGAGUAUUUCGUGAGCGUGUUCGCACCGCACAAUUUCGACCCUUUGCUUCGCGGCAAGACGAAACCGGUGUCGCUGAACCCGGAGUACUACAAGGAACAAAAAGAGGCGGAGGAACGCGGCGAGAAAGUAGAUCUCGGCAGCCCUUUAGCCAGUUGGCCUUAG